AUGGAUCCCAGUACAGCCAGCAACAAAUCCUUUAUCCUCGAAAAGCCCAAGUCCGUUACCUACGCCGACCGGCCGGUGCCCAAGCUCAGCUCCCCUCAUGAUGUCCUCGUCGCCGUAAACUACACGGGCAUCUGCGGCUCCGACGUGCACUACUGGCACCACGGCGCCAUUGGGCACUUUGUCGUCAAGGACCCCAUGGUGCUGGGCCACGAGAGCGCCGGCACCGUCGUGGCCGUCGGCGACUCCGUCACCACCCUGCAAAAGGGCGACCGCGUCGCCCUCGAGCCCGGAUACCCCUGCCGCCGCUGCGAGCCCUGCCUCGCCGGCAAGUACAACCUCUGCCCCGAGAUGCGCUUCGCCGCCACGCCGCCGCACGACGGCACCCUGACGGGCUUCUGGGCCGCCCCCGCCGACUUCUGCUACAAGCUGCCCGACCACGUGUCGACGCAGGAGGGCGCCCUGGUCGAGCCCCUCGCCGUCGCCGUCCACAUUGUGCGCCAGGCCGCGGUGUCGCCGGGCCAGUCCGUCGUGGUCAUGGGCGCGGGGCCCGUGGGCCUGCUGUGCGCCGCCGUGGCCAAGGCGUUUGGCGCCACAAAGGUCUGCAGCGUCGACAUUGUCGACUCCAAGCUCGAGUUUGCAAAGUCCUUUAGCAGCACGCACACGUACGCGUCGCAGCGCAUCUCGGCCGAGGAAAACGCCGAGAACAUCAAGCGCGCCAUUGGCCAGCCCGGCGGCGCCGACGUGGUCAUUGACGCCAGCGGUGCCGAGCCCAGCAUCCAGACGAGUCUGCACACGGUGCGCAUGGGCGGUACCUAUGUGCAGGGCGGAAUGGGCAAGCCCGACAUUACCUUUCCCAUCAUGGCCUUGUGUCUAAAGGAGGUGACGGCCAAGGGCUCGUUCCGCUAUGGUAGUGGCGAUUACCGCCUGGCCGUUGAGCUUCUCGCCAGCGGCAAGGUUGACGUCAAGAAGCUCAUUAGUGACGUUGUGGCCUUUGAGCAGGCCGAGGAGGCCUUUAAAAAGGUUGCCGAGGGCAAGGUUAUCAAGAUUCUGAUUGCUGGCCCCAAUGAGAAGCAAUAG